UUCCAUAGCGCGUCUCUAUCGAAAUCGUUCAUCAUUACUACAGUCGUCGUUAUUGGAGUGUGUUAUCGUGAUUUUGGAAAUUUUGAUAUGUUUUGUAUAGUUGUGUUUGGCUUCGCUCAAAUAAAUGUUCUUAACCAUUCUGAUGUUAACUUUUUUCCUUUUUCUAUUUGCAG